CACUGGAUGUAUUUUGGGAGUAGGACUUGUUCUUUCACUUAUGAGUCACAGUAGCCAAACAGAAUCGCGAGUGCAUGUUUCUGCUUCAUUGCGAAAACUCUGCAAAUACCUGGACAGCAGUGAAGACCAAAGCAGAUGGGUCCAGGAGGUACUUGCCUAUUCUGUAGCCUGUUCCUGCAUCUCUGCUUUCAGUGUUGGAAUCAUAGAAGCAGCUGAGGCUGAGGAAGCCAUGAACAAGCUACGGACCUUAGUGGAAAAUAAUCAGCAGACCCACGGUUUUGCUUUAGCUCUAGGUGCAAUAGUACAUGGAUUAUCAGCUUGCGGUCACGGGAAAGCGGACGACCUGAGUAACAAACUAAUGCCAGCCUGGAUAAAAAUUGUGCUUGCAGAGGGUUCUCCAACAAUGCAGCGUCUAGCUGCUGUCAGUGGGCUGGUUGCACUGGUGGGCUCUGAAGCAGGCGUGAUACAGAUGAAAUCUGAGAGCAUUCAGUCCUCCCAGUUUCAAAGUAAGCUGAAUGAAGUCAUCAGAAUCCUUACACAGAUAAUCAGUUUUUCGGGGCAGAUUGGCCUUCAGACAAAUGCAGCAGGACUUUUGGGACGCCUUCAUAUGUCCUGUUUGUGUUCUACCCAGAACAGGGCAUCUGUUCCUCCAGAUUUUAGCUACUUGCCUGAAAACAGCUUUAUCAGGGCAGCCAUUGACUUUGCCAUUGAAAGUGGAAAGAAAGGCCCUGAAUCUGUCCCAGCUGAGCUGGUGAAAGUAGCACUGGCACCCAUUGCAUUAGUUGGAGAAAGCCAUCAGUAUCCACCUGUAAACUGGGCGUCCAUUCUUUCUCCUUUGAUGAGGCUAAACUUUGGUGAUGAGGUAAAACAUCUCUGCCUUCAACUGGCUGUGACACAGGCCCAAUCAUCUCAAAAUGCAGCAAUGCUUUUGGGGAUGUGGGUGGUGCCUCCCCUUGUCUACAAUCUCAGUAUGAAAACUCAGAAAUACCUUUUCAUGACCCUGCCUCUGUGGAUGAAAUAUGUUGCAGAAGACAAACUACAGUCUUUUAUAGAAGUGUUUUUGAUACAACAAUUUGAAGUGAAGAACCGCACAAAAAACCGAGAAAUUUGCCAGUGUGUUUUACAGGGGCUCAUGCAGGCAAUGAAACUUCCAGACCCUGCCCAGUACUGCUGGAGCUUUCUGUGCCAAGCUGUGGAUAAAAUAUUUGAGCUUCUACCAAAUGACAUUCAGAGAGGCCAACUGGAGAUGUAUAUUGAUGUAGCAAAAUGUAUCUCAGAAAUGGCUGAUUCAGAGAUUGAUCGCAUUGUCCAGAUCUCUAAGAACAAUAUAGAGAAGGCCACAUUCACGAAAGUGUAUUUAAUUUCUCAAGGCAGACUGCCUCUGAUGAACUUCAGUGCCGUGAUUGAUACUGUGGCAAGAUAUCACCAGAAAGAAAAUGUUUUAUGGAUGCUCUUGCACGGUGUCUAUCAUGCUCGUAUUGUGAGCCAUGAAAACACAGGAGUGCUGAAAAGAAUGGAUUGGCUGCUAGAUCUGAUGGGCUACAUCAGAAAUUUAGCAUACAAGUCAACAACCUUACAAAAUGUCAAUCUUAAAGAGUGCAUAGAUUUCCUCCUGUGGCUGUUUGCAGCUUCUGUGGUGGCCUGGGCUGACCACAGUGCACCGUUACUGCUUGGCCUCAGUUCUGACUGGUCACCGUGGAAGCACCAGAUGAUAAUACCGGAAUUAUCUGAGGAUCACAUUGGCAAGCACCCCAUUGACAAACUUGCCGUGCAAGAGAUUCUCACUCUUCUUCCAAGCAGCAUUUCCCUUUUGCUGGCUAAAGAGCCUUGGAAAGAACAAACACAGAAGUUUAUUGACUGGCUGAUCAAUAUGAUGGAAAGUCCUAAGGAAGCAUUAUCAAAAUCUUCCACGGACCUGCUGAAAGUUACACUUCUGGCCUUGAGAUCUCUUGCAGAGUUCAAGAAGAAAGCAGUGUGGACUAAAGCUUACGGGUGGUAG